AUGGAUUCGGCAACGACCGUGAAACUAAUUUGUGGUAUUUUUCUUAGUAUUUCUAUUGUUUCCUCCGUCUUAGCUUGUGCACUAUGGGAUUUUCAAGAGCAAACUUCGACAAAUAAUGCUUUAUACAUAAGUGGCCUUCUCCUAGCGUUUGUGCUUAAUUCCGGAAUAGCGUAUUGCCUUCUUGCGGGUAUCGUGCAACAGAAGUCGUCAAUGUUUUUCCCCUACAUUGUAUGCGCAUCUAUUCAUAGUGUUGUCAGCAUGUUCGUCUCCGCUUUCUUCCUCGGAUCCAUCAUCUAUUCUAUGAGAGAGGAAAAACGAUCGGAUCAUUUUUAUAUAUCCGCAUUGUUUCUAAUUUUAUUUGUUUUUUGGCGUUGGAGUUUGAAGACAGUGAAAUCGUAUCGAGAUUAUGUGAGGAAAAUUUCCGGCGACCACGUUAUUUUCACUAAUCCAGAGUUUGUCUGA